AUGGCCACCUUCAACCACGUCUACCCGAAUGUCACUUGCCUCAAGGACAAGAAGGCCGUUGUCAUCGGCGGCGCCGGCUUCCUCGGCGGCCACAUGAUCGAGGGUCUCCUGGCCGUUGGCGUUUCCAAGGUGGUUGUCUUCGACAUCGUCAACAUCUCCCACCCCUCGGACCGCGUCGAGAGCGUCAAGGGUGACCUCCGCAACAUCAAUGUGCGUCCCGGGGAGGCCCCUGUCGUUCGGGGCGGAUCGGUGGCCGCCUCGCUCCUCCGCCAGCCCUCGCCCUGA